AUGCCAAUCCGUGUGCGACACGAGGAACGCUCGGAGUCUGAUACUGAUCAGGUAUCAACUCACAAUGAUACUGCAGCUGCUCCAACACCUUCCAGCGAUGAAGCGAAGUCCGAUGCCAUCGCCGAUGCUACUGCACUCAAAAAAUCUCUUGAUACUUAUCAUCAUCAGAUGAAGGACGGAACAAAAUACAGCCCAACAUCUGACAAGACAAUGGCGGCCCAGCUGCGACGUGAGCUUGAACCCUCUUCGGACCAGGAACAUUGGCAACCUGGCUUCGCAGCCAAGCGGGGUCGAGGUCAUCAGAGAAGCAGGAUAACCUUGUCAACAUUUGUACCUGCUCAAUUGUCGUUGCCCAACCAGAAGUCGUCCUCGUCUUCAGUGAUAGAGGAGACUUCCCGUUCAGAUGACACAGUACUCCGUCCAACUGUUUACACUGGCGACUGGACCCCGAAGCGAGAGACUGCACAUCAGCGUCUGGUCGUGACAGAUGAAGAUGCUCCCAAAGCGACACAGAUCAAGGGGAAUGCUAGCCCAACUUCGCCUGACAGAGACAUAGCACUCCACGAACACGGAAUCAACGUCAUCGACUUUGCUUACACCUCUUCUGCAACAAACUCACAGUCGACCCAGGCCCUGGGCGGAAAGCAUGCACGUUUUGCUGCGAGAUGUGGACGUGGUCCCCAAGGGCACUACAAAUCCAGUUCCGAGGACUCUACCUGUUCAUUGAUCGACAUUGGCGACUACAAAACAGAGCCUGCUUCUCUGCGCCUUGAUCUCGAGAAGGAAGCGCAAGGCAGUAACACGAUCGAGGGCAAAAGUGAGUUGCUGACUCUCACUGCUUCAGUCUAUGUACCACCAGCCGCAGAAGGCUCUGUGGUAAACUCUGAUGUUGAGGCUUAG